AUGCGUGAAUACAAAAUAGUCGUGUUAGGCAGCGGAGGCGUGGGAAAGUCCGCCCUGACAGUACAGUUCGUACAAGGCAUCUUUGUCGAGAAAUACGACCCCACCAUCGAGGACAGUUAUCGGAAACAGGUGGAAGUUGACGGUCAACAAUGCAUGCUAGAGAUACUGGAUACUGCUGGUACGGAGCAAUUUACAGCCAUGAGAGACUUAUACAUGAAAAAUGGACAAGGAUUCGUCUUAGUUUACUCCAUCACCGCACAAUCGACAUUUAACGACUUGCAAGACCUGCGGGAACAAAUCCUGCGGGUGAAGGACAAAGACGACGUUCCCAUGGUGUUGGUCGGCAACAAGACUGACUUGGAAGCGGAGCGCGUGGUGGGCAAGGAGCAGGGAAGUAAUCUCGCACGCCAUUUCAACUGCUCGUUCAUGGAGACCUCGGCGAAAGCCAAAAUACACGUGAACGAUGUGUUCUUCGACCUAGUUCGUCAAAUCAACAGGAGAACGCCUAUCAACAGUGAGAAAGUAAAAAAACCAAGAUGUCACAUUCUGUAA